AUGAGUUUCAGUUUGUUUAACUUACAAUUACAUCAAAAUGAAUCGAUGGUGAAAUUGAAAAUAGGAUAAUUGGAUGGCUUAUUUAAUAACCAGAAAGACAUGGAAAAUAAAAUUAUUAUUAUUAUCUAUUUUAUUUUAAAUUGUGAUGUCAGAUAAUCUUUAAGUGAAAUAGAGAAGAAGAAAUUCACCUCAAGAAGGCGAAUAGGAUUUUGCUUAAAGACAAGAAAAUAAAUAUAAUAAAAUUCAAAGCGUAUGUUUAAUAGCCUAAACGCCGCAAUAUGCAACAGAGAUGAUCAAAUAGAAGAUCAUUAAGAAGAUGAUGAUGAGAAUUAAUCUGAUAAAUUUGGUGGCUUCGUAUUCACAAAACCCAAAAACGAACCCAAAAAAUAAUACAUCUAUGAGCCAAAAAAAUAAUAGCCACUCUAACAAGAAAAGAAAGAAUAUUUACCAAAAAAAGAUUAGCAACCCAAGAAAAAGCCAGAGAAGAAAAGCAAUAAGUUUUAGUAAUAAUCGUAGCAAUAAAAAGAAAUAUCUAUCUAAUAAUUAGGCGAAUUAGAAAAACUACAAUAGCAUCUUAUAAAUUGUGGCAUUUCCAUAACUUAGGAUUAAGAAAAUAAUCAUUCUGAUCUUGUCCUACCUCCUGAUUUCAAUAAGCCAUUAUCCAUCCCAAGUAGAUCUAUGGUAGCACCUCCUCCAGGUCUAAUAGAUAAAGAUAAAUCCUCUGAUUUUGUUGACAUCUUAAAUCAAUUAUAAGAUAAUGAUUCAGAUGGUCAAAUGAAUUAUGAUUAGCAUUUUUCCUCCUCAGUUCUAACUAGAGGAGCCUUUCCUAUUUAGACCUAACCAUAAAAUUAAUUUAAUAAUAAAAAUCUAAUCCCUAACAAUAAUCAAAAUUUUCCAAAUAAAAAAAAAUAAAAAGAAAAAGCCCUAAAACCAAUAAAAAUUAAAUGGGAUAUAAUUAAUAGCUAACCUGAUUUUAUGAACUAAAAUUCUGCUGAAAUCUUUGAUCCUUUCAAAGUUGCUCCAUUUUCAUUUCCUUAACAAUAAAUGGGUCGAAACAAUUUACCAGAUCCUCUUAACAUUUAAGGACCAACAUUUACAACUCCAUUAGGAUUUGCCCCUCCUGGAAUGAUGGGUUUAGGUCCAUAAAUUGCUCCAUUUAAUUCUAAUAUGUUAGGGGCACCACAGUCUCUAGGAUUCCCUCCUGGACCUUCUUUGGGAAUGGAUCCCUUAGACCCAACAUUUCCAAUGGGACCCAAUAUUGGACCUAUGAGAAUGAAUCAAAUGAUGCCUCCAAAGUUUAAUCAGAUGCCAAAUAUGGCUCCAAUGCCUAUGCCAAUGUAAAUGGCACCUCCUCCUUAGAUGAAAAAGCAAUCUAAUAAAAAUCAUAUGAUGAUGCAACCUCCUCCAAAUUAGUUUGAUGGCUAAGUGUAUUGUCCCCCCAUGAUGCCUCCUCCCAUGGGUAAUCAUUUUUCAGACUUUCCCCCAUAAAUUCCUAUGGGAUAAUAGUUCCCUCCUAAUUUAAUGAAUUCUGGGCCAAUAUUAGGAAUGCCCCCAAUGAUGCCCUUUGAUGAUGAUUUUGAUUAGAAUUGGAUGCCAAAUGAUGGGAUGUUGUAAAUGCCAACCCCUAUGUAAGUGUUUUCUAAUCAAAAUUUCCCAAAUCUAUCCCAAGCCUAACAUCCUGAUGCUUAUAUGUAAGAAUCUGAAAAAUAUAUGUCUUAAACUAAAAAGAACAAUGAAAUAAAAAAUGGAAAUGAUAUCAAUAGUGAUCAAAUGAAUUAUCAAUAUUAAAAUGCUGAUGGGCAACCAAGAUAAAGAAAGUAAUUUUUAAUCUAUUUAUUUCAUUAGAAAAUUGAACUUGAAUUCUAAGCCAUUUUAUCCAGUAAAUCCUUGACUGCAAGAAUCCCUAUUGUUUAAUAAAUAUAUAUAUCAAUUAAUAUUAUUAAAACUUUUUAUUUAGAACUAUAUAAAUAUUUACAUCAAUGGAAGUUCCCAAUUCAAUUAGAGAGACUGUAACUGUUUUUGAAAUUUGACUAGUCUUAAUUAAAGGUUGAGGAAACUAAGAAAAAGAUCAAAGAGUUAUAAGAGUAUUUAGCUCUAUAAUUUGUUGAACAUGAAAAGGAAUAAGAGAAAAAAAAAUUAUAAAAAGUCAGAAAUGAACUAGCUAAGAAGCAUCAUAAGAAUAGAUUUUCAAGUUUCACUAACUCCUUGCAUAGACCUUAAUUUAUAAAUUAGAUCAAAGAGAGGGAUUUAUUUGAGAACUAAUCUGUUUUUAUUAAUAAAGAUGUUCCGCAGUUGACUAAUCUCUAAAAAUCAUAAUUGAUAACCCCUGAUAGAAACUAGAAUCCAUCCUCUAUAAUACAUUAAUUGGAUAGACCAACAAAUAAAUAAAAAAGCGAAUUUCCACCUAUAAGGAAGCGAUUCUUAAGUUAGAAGGAGAUUAAUCGGAUAGAAUUUUGGGAUAAAAACUUCAGUCAAUUGUAGGAAAUAGAAUAGAAGGAAAAAAGUAGUCUGUUAAUUGGAAAAAUAAAGAAGUAGCUUAUUGAAUAAAGGGAAGCAAAGGUAUUUAAGCCUACGGAUUAAUGCUUAAGAUAUUUUGAUAAAAAUAUCUCUUUAAUAUCUGAGAACCCUAUUACUCAAAGAUAAUUAAGUAGAGUGUUAAGUUUACCAAAAAUUAAAGAAAAAAAGGUUUGGAUGCCUAACAAUAAUUAUUUUUGA